CUUGGCGACAGAGUGUUGUUGCACGGGUGCUUCUGGCUUGUUGCUAUUCAAUACUGGAAUAAUGUGAAAUGGCGACCUAGGUUUCCUGUUUGAUUUUUUGUUAAAGAAAUAGCGCACUAAACAGCAAAAAUGAGCCACGUCUAUGAAGGUCCCCUGGCUACUUACAAUAGCCUGAUGGACCGCCACUUGGCCGGGUACUUCAGCCAGACCAAGAAGAGAAAACACCUCCGGAAAGCUGGACUGAUCUCUAAAAGAGGAGAGGUGAUUUCUGAGGCAACAUUCCGCCUUAACAUGGCUCGCAAAGAGCACAAAAAGCACGUGAAGAAUCUUUUGGCGCAGGCAAUUGUGCACAAAACUCUAGACAUGGAGCGAACACGACAGGUGUCCAUACGCAAAAAAUUAGAGGAAAUUGCAAAGAUUGAACUUGUCAGGAGAGUGAGAGCUGAGAAGGCUAGAAAGGGAGAUGAGGACAUCCUCCCCUACCUGUCUCCCAGAGGGAAGGCGACAACACGACCACGAUCUGCUGCCAUGGAGCGCCAGCAGGCGAUGAGCAGAUCACGGGCCAGACCUACCAGUGCGCCAUCUGCUGACAGAAAAGGAAGGUCUCGUAGACAGGAGGAAGAAGAAGAGGAUGAUGGCUGGGAAUAUGAUGAACAGGAUAAAAAGUUACGACCAAUCUACAUUGAUGAAAAUGGCGUCCCUGUUCAUCCACGAGAAUUUGCACCAGAGGGUCAAAGUUCACCGUCCAGCUCGGGACACCGUUCGCCCUACCCCAAGGAGGAGAUUGAUACCAAGCACCUGUAUGCUCUGGACAACGUUGCCUUGAGAGAGUACACAAUGAAUAAUGAGGUUCUAGACCAGGGCAGAGGUGCACCAUCCCCAUACGUCAUCCCCUUGGUAGGGCUGGCCACACCUUCUCCGCCUGCCACCAGGAGGUCUCCCAGGACACAAGACAAGAGCAAGGCAAAGUCUCGCAAGUUUCGUUACAUUGCGACUGAUCCUUUGGGAAGACCACUGCACCCCAAGUCAAACAAGGGCUCCCUGAUGCUCCAUCGCCUGGAGCCCGCCAUGAUGCAUCAGGCGAGGGUCCAGUCCAUGUGUGAUGUCACCAUGCUGUAUAUUGGAGGCAACCUGAAGCUGGAGGCGGAGGGCAACGACCCCAUGCACGAGAUAAUUGUAGAGCAGCAGCACUGCGGUGGAAACACAUUGAAUGUGUUCAAGCAGAGGAUCCUUCCUGGGACAAGGUUCACCUUCACCUCAAGACGUCACAGAGGCUAUCCCUUCAGCCUGACCUUCUAUAUAAAUGGGGUCAAGGACAUUCGUCUCAGUGUCUGCUGUGAGUAUAAGCACAAGCCAGGCUACAGGCUAGGGGGAGCCACUGGGCACUUUGGUUUUGUGAAAACGACAGGAGCGGCACCGUGCUACAGGUGUCAGGUAGAGAAAGGGUUGCUCAUUGACUCCAGUCCCCCGCGCCCUGAAAAGAAACGUCCCUCAGAAGCCCAGCAGAAGAAGAAGAAUAAAAAGAAGGAAGAGAAAGACAAAGAGCACAAAGAGGAAGACACACAAUCUGACAAAGUUUUUGUGACUGAAGGCUCAGAUGAGGAAAAACACAAAAAAGAAGACGAUGACGAUAAACAUGACGAGGGGGGCGAGGAAGGGCACCCCCAGGGAGCAGAGGAUGGAGAGAAUGAAGAAGAAAAAGAGGAAGAAAAGAAGACAGUGUCUGACUCUCAUCAUAAAGAUGACGACGAAGAUAGUCGUCGUGGAGAUUUUGAUGAAUAUGAAGAUGAUGAUUUUGAAGAAGAAGAAAAACAGAAAGACGAAGAUAAAUAUGACGAAGAUUUUGAGGAUGAGAAAGAAGAAAAGGAAGAUAAAUCACAGCCUGAGGUCAAAGGUUAUGAUGAUGACUUCGAGGAAGAUGAAAGAACAGCCAAGAUGGUGUCCCAGGGUUCCAUUGAAGUACCAGUCCAGGACACGGAUGAUGAAAGCGUCAGAACUUCACGAUCAUCCAAAUACGACCAGGAGGAAGAAGAGCGUGAGAAAAAGAGACCAGAUCCCAUAGCUGAGGAGAAGUCAAGAGAAUCUGAAGAUGCAGAGACGAUCAAGUCCGAGGGCAGAGGCACAGAGGGAACAACUGGGAAAGCAGAUGACAGCGAGGAUGCACACUCUGUGAGGUCCAGCGCCUCCUCGACCCACUCAAAGAAAUCUGAUCAGUCAGUAAAAUCUGAGAAAAGUGACCGAUCUGUGAAAUCAGAGAAAAGUGAUCGUUCUGUGAAAUCAGAGAAAAGUGAUCGUUCGGUGAAAUCUGAGAAGAGUGACCGAUCUGUUAAAUCAGAGAAAAGUGAUCGUUCUGUGAAGUCUGAAAAGACUGACCGCUCUGUGAAAUCAGAGAAAAGUGACCAUUCUGUGAAGUCUGAAAAGACUGACCGCUCAGUGAAAUCUGAAAAAAGUGACAGGUCAGCAAAAUCAGCCAAGAGCGAUCGUUCAGCAAAGUCCGACAGAAGUGACAGAACAGUGACCUCACAAAAAAGUGAUCGAUCGGUGAAAUCGGACAAGAGCGAUGCUACUAUCAAAUCUGAAAGAAGUGAUAGAUCAGUCAAAUCUGACAGAAGUGACCAUUCCAAAAAAUCUGAUAGGUCAAACAAGUCGGACCGAUCAGAUAGGUCAAAGAAAUCUGAUAAAUCAGAUGUUUCAAAGAAAUCAGAGAGAUCACAAAGGAGCAUCAAAGAAGAAGAAAAACCAGUCACCCAUGCAGCAGAAGAAGCAGACGACACUGCAAGUGUCAGAUCUGAAGGAAAGGCCGAGUCCAUAGUUUCUGUCAAAUCAGAAGGAAAAGCAGAGUCUGUAAGAUCAGAAGGAAAAGCCGAGUCAGUGAAAUCAGAGAAAGCCGAGUCAGUGAGAUCAGAAGAAAAGGCCGAAUCUGUCAGAUCUGAAACCAAAGCAGAAUCAGUCAGGUCAGAAGAUAAAGCAGACUCUGUGAAAUCAGAAGAGAUGGGAAAGACACCAAAAACGGAGGAGAUAGAAGAUGACAGAGAAACAGUGAAAAGUGACACAAAAUCUGACAAUAAAGGAGAGAAGAAAGAAGAAGAAGAAGACAGGAGGAGCAGUGAUGAGGAGAAAGUAGCCAAGGCCAUGGAAAGUGUGCUGAAGUCAGAUGCCUCUGAUAAAGAAGACAAAUCAGAUUCUGAAGCAACAGAAACUGAGACUGAAACUGAGACUGAAGAAGAGAAGGAGAAAGAUACAACUACACCAGAGGAGACGGGCACAGCUGAAGAGACAACAACAGAGGCGGAAACUGCAGGUGAAACGGAGGCUGAGACUGAAGAUGAGAAAGAAAACGCCAAAAAAGAAACUUUUGAACUGAGCACCACAAAGCUUGGCGACAUUGGGGACCAACCACCUCAAGAACGUACAGGACAAAUCCGCCCCCUGGUGGAGGGAAAAACAGACAUUGACCUCACUAGUGUUGCCAUGACAGACGAACAGGUGAAAGAACUAAGUGGCAUCUUGGCGGAAAAAUCUGAUGCUAAAUCCAUCAAUCUCAGGAAUGGAACAAUGAAUGAUGACCAAAUGGAAGAAUUUGCCGCUGCUUUGAAGCAGACGCCGUCCAAAGUCGAGCUCCUCAACCUGAACCUGAACAAACUGGGUCCGCGGGGUGUGAGUGUGCUGGUUGAAGCACUCAAGGAGACUCCAUCGCUUCAGAUAUUACUGCUGAAUGAUAACCCACUGGGUGAUGAUGGGGUGGUGGCCCUUGCAGAAGGAUUGGCAGCCCCAGAAAUAGAUGAAGUUGAACAGCAGAAGAAAAGGGAGCAGAAGCAAAUCAAUAAACUUGCAAAACAUAUGGUCUCGCAUGCCAUUGACGAUGCACUGCGAUCGCCAUCUUUAAGUUCUUUGGUCAGCAGGGGGAGCAUGGACCACCGUCACGACAGCGCCUCCAGCGCCAGCAGCAGUGUGAGUUUAUACAGAGGCGCACAGCUUCACGAACUGGAUCUUGGGUCAUGUGACAUAAAGCUAGAUGGCGCCACAGCUGUGUCUCGCUUACUGGCCCAAGACAACAGCAUCAAAGUCCUCAAUUUAAGUGGCAAUCGCUUCAUCAGCACUGAUGGUUGGAAGAGGAUUGGGGAGGCCCUGAAGAAGAACGAGACGCUGAAGACGCUUGCCGUCAACUCUUGCAUGAUGGGAAAUGCAGGCCUGAUGGCGUUGUGUGACGGCAUCAAAGAGAACAAGUCCCUGCGCACAAUCGAUCUUGAAGAUAACGACAUCAGAGAUGUGUCGGCUCUCAAGUUGAGGGAGGCCAUUAAAGGCAACAAAAAUAUCCUAGAAGUUAUGCUUGGGCCAAACAAUGGCAUCAGUAAAAGUAUUGUCUCAGAUAUCAAAGAUAUUUUGAAAGAGAGGCAGUAAGGGAGGACUGGGAGUUAUUAGUUUGGCGUCACAUUUCUUGGUCACAUUAAUUGCUUAGAGUCAUUGGUCAAAUACUGCUAUUAACAAUGGUAUUGUGAUAGAACUUACUUGCAGCAAAAUCAGUGAUAUAUUGUAUUUUGUAUGAGAGCAUAUGUUGGCAUUGACAAUGGGGAGGGGAGUUAGAAUUCAGUUUUUUAUCCACAUUUUGGACUAGUACGUAGGAUUUCUAUGUUAUGGUGUUAUACUGGUCUAUGGUAAAAACUGGAAAAUUUUGUCAGUCUUGAAAAUUUUUGCCAACACAAUUUUUUUUCACUUUGAAAAUUUUGUCACACUUGAAAAUGGACCUUUCUGUAAUUUUGAAAAGUUUGUUGUCAAUAUGGGUGUGUCAGAUUCACAAAUUUUUAACUAUUAAUAAUUUUCAAGUGAUGAAAUUUUCUCAAGGUUUUACCUUAUACAGUGUUGUUAUGCUGUGAUGAAACAUGAAAAGGGCAAAUGAUUGUUGAUGUUGAUCUUGGAGGGGGGGGAGAUGAUUUGGGUGAUAUGAUAAGCAAGGGUUGAGUACUCCAUUUUGUUGAUAGAAUCAGGAUCUGGUUGUGCUGUUUAUUAGGUAUGCAGGCAUACCUCUUAGUCUAGCAGAUUUCUCCCUUUUAAAACCUCUUCUUUUUAGACUCCAGUACAGAAUGGUUCUGUUCAACAUAAUUUUAAUUGUUUAAGACAUUUAUCGGAAAGGCCGUCUCUUACCUGAAUGCUACAAACAACUUCAAAUGUCUAUAAUCUGUUUUCUUUUGAUGUUUUUUAAACAUUUUCUAUGGUAGUAAUGCUAGCUGUGAAAAUGUACAUAAUAUUUAUAUAUAAUUCUGUUGGAUUAGCGUGUUGAUAUGAGAAAGGAAGAAAUAAAGAGGCAUAUUAAUGGAGACCUUAUGGAAGCUGUUAAAUAUAUGUACAUAAAAGGGGCUUUUAAAGGGAACAUGUUCAGGAUUUUCCUGACAAAAAUACAAUCAGUCGCUAUACUACUUUGGGUUAAUUUAUGUAUGUGGUUUUGACUUUGACGCAUCAAAAAAAAUUUGUAAAAAAAAAGGAUGGGUAAUCAACUUGAUCUCUCUUAUAAAUUUUUCAAGUAGAAAUUAUUGUUGCAUUUUUGUGUAUAUUAAGCAUAUUAUACACAUGCAUCAUAUUUGGCUUUUACAACUUUUUAAGGAAUUGAUAAGAACAAGCUUCGUAUCCAGAAAAUUAUUUACUCAGUGAGCAUUGCUUAAAUAUAUUCAAUUAUGUAAUCUUAUUCACAUGGAUCCUUUCCUACAUAGGAAAAGGUGAAUUUAUACGCACUACAUCCAGAGAUUCUGAGUUUUCACUCAACCUUUUCCAUGCUCCUGUUCUGUGUUUGCAUCUAAAAUUAAGAACGGACACAGAAACUAAAAUUCAGGGUUGAUAUAUCUUGCUCUUUCUUCUUCAAGGUUGUGGAUGAGCCUGAUACGAGGCAUUGUUUUUUAUCUUACUUUUGAACCAUUUUUUUUAGAUUUUAUCAAUUAAAUGUUUAUUGGUUUAUCAUAAUAUUAUUUUAAUAUAUUAUUUAAUAUAGGGUAAUUGUAUUUUGUAGUAAGCAGAAUACACAUUCAAAACUCUAAAAACAUACAAUAUUAUUUAAAUAAAAUAUUUUCACAAACUUAAAAUUUUUGAAUGAAACUAGAUGUAAGUUUUAAAAAAUGAUUUUAGUGAUCACAUAAGUCCUAUCAGUACAAAGAUUUGAAUUGACUACAGUAACUGAAAUUCCUGAAUGUUAAUAUUCUCUUGGAAUCAUAUGUUGUACAGAAGAUAAAUGUAUGGUAAGGGCUUGAUUUUUUCGAUGGGGAAAAUCAUUGUCUUUAUUAUUAGUGAAGUAGAUUCUGUAAAAUUCACAUUUUUCCGUCGAAAAUAUCUAGUAAAUAUCUUCUAGUUGAUGCAGACAAGAUGAGAUCUCAAGUUGCAGGUGGUCAUAGAGUUCAGAUGUAAUGAAUUAUUCUUUUAUCUUUAGAAAUGCAUUGUAAAUGUGACAAUCAUUGCCAAAUAAAGUUAUAUUCAGCGCUGCAUGUUUACCUUUUGACAGCUCUCUUUGUUAGAUCUCUUCUUCAACAUUUUAAAAUUUUAAAGAAGAGUAUAUUUAUAAGUACCUUCCUCAGAUCUUGACCGAUCAAAUCAAGUUGGAAAAUUUGCAUCGCAAAUUUAAGCUGUUUUUAACGUAGUCGUUUCUUGAACUGAAAGCCUAGCAUGCUAUUAAUACAGUACUUGAAAAUUACCCUUCAAGUUGACGUAAUUAUGCCUGUUCAUG